CGAACGGAAGUUCCCUUCCCGGCAAGAUGGCGCUGACUUUAGUGUGCGGUCGUCCGCUGCUCCUGCGCUUCCUACGGCCCCAGCGCUCGUUCCACAGCGUCGCAGGGUCCCUGAAGCCGCUGGCCGCCGAGGUCCUCGUCGCAGCCCGCCCGGGCAGCGGGCGGACACGCUAUGCCCUCCUCGCCGCCCUAAGUCCGCGCUGCAUCAGUACUUCUGCCACUGUCUCGGCAGAAGCCCAGGCACCUCCUCCUCUUCCUGCAACCUCCAUCCCUGCUGCAGUACCUGAGGUGGCUUCUGGACAAGCUGCAGAUGUGGUCCAGUGUGCUGCAGAACAGAGCUUCUCUGAACUGGGGCUUGGGGGUGUCACCCCAGUGGGGCUCAUCCAGAACCUCCUGGAAUUUAUGCAUGUUGACCUAGGCCUACCUUGGUGGGGCGCCAUUGCCACGUGUACGAUCCUUGCCCGAAUCCUUGUGUUUCCUCUCAUUGUGAAGGGCCAGCGAGAGGCAGCCAAGAUCCACAACCACAUGCCAGAGAUACAGAAGUUUUCCGCAAGAAUCAGAGAGGCCAAGUUGGCAGGAGACCAGACUGAGUCUUACAAGGCUUCCUUAGAGAUGCUGCGCUAUCAGAAAAUGCAUGAUAUCAAACUCUUCAGAACUCUCAUUCUACCUCUCACUCAGGCCCCCGUCUUCCUCUCUUUCUUCAUUGCCUUGAGAGAGAUGGCCAACCUGCCUGUGCCCAGCCUCCAGACAGGUGGGCUCUGGUGGUUCCAAGAUCUCACAGUGUCCGAUCCUAUCUACGUCCUGCCGCUGGUAGUCACUGCCACAAUGUGGGCUGUCCUUGAGCUAGGCGCUGAGACAGGUAUGCAGAGCUCUGACCUCCAGUUCAUGAGGAAUGUUCUCAGGGUGAUGCCCCUAGCGGUCUUGCCGGUGACCAUCCACUUCCCCUCGGCAGUGUUCAUGUACUGGCUGUCCUCCAAUGUCUUCUCCCUUUGCCAAGUGGCCUGCCUCCGGGUUCCAGCUGUGCGCACAGUGCUUAAGAUCCCCCAGCGCGUUGUACAUGACCUUGACAAGUUGCCUCCUAAGGAAGGCUUUUUGAAGAGCUUUAAAACAGGCUGGAAAAAUGCCGAAAUUGCACAUCAGCUCCGAGAGCGUGAGCAGCGAAUGCAGAAACACUUGGACCUAGCUGCCAGAGGUCCCUUACGACAGACUUUUACCCACAACCCUCUGCUACAGCAUGAUCCAAGUCACCCUCCCAAUACUCCCGGCAGCAACAGCAGCAGCAGCAAACCAAAGCCAAAGCAGCCUUGGCGUGACACACUCGGCUGACAUAUUUUAUGCUCAUCCUGAUCAGAACUGUACCUCUUCAUGGACUCCUCCAAACAGACUUGAUACUAUGUCCUUGCCCCAGACCUGGACACUAUGGGCUUUGGAAGUGUUCAUUUUAAAAAUUGUUUCCACUACAGACUCGUACUUGUGUGUAUAAAGAGCCCUGGAGAGCCAAGUGACCUUCCCAUCCAUGGAGUUAGUAAACUUCUUUCUUGUCUGGGC